AUGGAUAUGUACUCUGUUCCUUCUCCCCUCCACCGGUUUGGAUGUGUGAUUUUCCAUUUCGACUGGGAGGUAACUUUAGCAGUACUUGGUAGACGACCACCGACUAUCGGUGUGGGUGCAUACACCGUCUCGUGUUAUCUCCACAAGCGUCAGUCACUUCCAACUAAAGUGCCUCGAGCUUCUGUUUCUGGGGCUCCGGAUUUGAGAUCUGAUGCGCUGCAGUCCUGGCCAAUUCUGGUGAUUCGGAUGGGAACACGAUGCAUGAAAGGGCGUAAAAAGGGGUCCUGA